AUGAGCUCUCAACCUGGGGUCAGAUUUCAUGACCCUCCGGUCACUGAAUUUACUUCAAUGGAUGUGGAUGAGUCCUCCCAGUCCCGGAUGUCCCUUGAUCCAUUAGAUGAUAUAUACCUUGGGCCGGAUGAUGAGUUAGACUCUGAUUCUGGAUCGUCCGGUGGUUUGGAUGUGUUGAAUGUAAUUCCCGAUCCAUCAUCUCCGGCUCUGGCAGAUGGACUGGCCCUGUACGAUGACCCGGACUUGUAUCUUGGUCCGGAGGAUACCUUGAUUUCGUCUGAUGAUGCUCCGGCUGUACCCGAUUUUCCUAUGGCUGCUAAUUCAGAAACUCCCGAACGUCAAUCGCCCGAGCCGGAACUCAACAAUGAAGCACUGCGUGCCAUGGUUCAGGAGUUCAUGCCAAUCGGAUCUUAUGAUCAAGCUGAAAAUCGCCUGGGUGAUUACCAACAGCGUCAUGGAAAUCUUCCUGCCCCUACAGUAGCACAACUUCUUGAGGCUGACAGACCAUUCAGGGUGGCAUGGGCUGAAACAUGCGACAAGCUGCGAAAAGCAGAUGCUGACCUCCGGAGGAUGCAAAGGGUAAGGGAGUCAACCUCCGAAAUGCUGAAGGUACUAGAUACCCUCAUUGAGGCCUUUGAGGACUCAAGUAGUCCUUGGUACUUGUAUACUCUACCUACCCAGUACUCGCUGCCAGGUCUUCUGUGCUCGGUACUCGGGGCUCGGUACUUGGGGCUCGGUACUCGGGGCUCGGUAGUUGGGGCUCGGGGCUCGGUACUUGGUGUUCGGUACUUGGUGUUCGGUACUUGGGCCUUGGUACUCGGUGACCGGCGUUCGGGCUUUGGUAUUCGGGGUUCGGUACUCGGGCCUUGGUACUCGAGAUUUGGCAUUUGGCAAUUACAAUUUGAUUGUUAG